AAGGUCUGUUCCAUAAACUCCCACUUAAGGAUCUCCUCUGGCAGCCUGUGGUGGGGCUUAAAAUCCUGAUUUGACAGAUCACAUUUUACUCACAGGCACCAAGAAAAUAGCCAAACACUGCCUGCACUGCGCUUCUGCUCUUUAACGUGGCAGAACACAUCCCAGUCUUCAGAUACAAUGGGGACAAGGCUGAGAAUGCUUAUUUCAGCAGUCAUAUUGGCAUCAUGGGUGCUCUCAGCAUCUGGUGCACACUACCACAAUCCCAGGCAUCACAGACUGGAGGAUGUAGCACUUACUGAGGGAAUCGAUAUAAGAGCACAGAGGAAUAAGAGAGCGACAGCCGACACCCCAGAUGACUCCAGUCCAAUGGCGCCUGUGGGAGACCCUUCAGACCUUCCAACUUGUCUACUGUGUGUGUGUCUAACUGGAUCUGUCUACUGUGAGGAGGUCGACCCAGAUAUGACAUCAGUGCCUGCUCUGCCCAAGGAGACAAACUACCUCUACGCGCGGUACAACAAGAUAAAAAAGAUAACAGCUAAAGAUUUCGGAGAUAUCGUGACUCUAAAGAGAAUCGACUUCACUGGAAACAUCAUUUCUGAGAUUGAAGAUGGUGCGUUUGCUAAGCUCACCAUGCUAGAAGAACUCUCGCUAGGCGAAAACCAACUGGUCAAGCUACCAAUGCUACCAACAAAAUUAAUCUCAUUUAACGCUAAUCACAACAAGCUGAGAACCAAAGGAAUCAAGGCUAAUGCUUUCAAGAAAUUAAACAAAUUAACACAUCUGUAUCUUGCUCACAAUGAACUGGAGGCCGUUCCUCUCAUUCCAGAGACUGUCCGCACACUUCACCUUCAGAACAAUAACAUUUCAGCUGUGACUGUGGACACCUUCUGCAAAGGUAACGACACUUACUACAUCCGCCCCAACAUGAACGAGAUCCGCAUGGAUGGAAAUCCUGUCAUCCUCAGCCAGUACCCCAACAGUUUCAUAUGCCUGCAGUCUCUGCCAAUUGGGCGAUACCAAUGAAAACAGAAUCAAAGGUACAACGCUGCGAGAAGUCCUUGGAUAGCCAAUGAUGAUGACUAAAACCGAGAAGGAAAAGUCAUUCAAUCUCCUGGUGCCUGUGCACAAUUGAGUGUACAAAAGGUUAAUACCAUGAGAAUCUGUACUAUAUAUCUAAUUAUAUAACAGCUGCCCAAACACUUAGAUUUCCUCUUGAUAUUGACUUUGUAGAUGAACCUGAAACUCAAGUCUUUGAAAGAAUAACUUUAUAUCCCUUGUAAAUAACCACUGGAGGCUACUGCUUAGUAAAAUGUGAGAUCAUGAAAAGCAGCAGUCAAGCUUCUAGUAUUCCUCAGAACUCUGUGAAUUUCUGACACUUUCUAGUACUGUUAAAAAGUCUUACUUUGGCUGAAAUUAAGAUGCCUGCUAAGUUAAUUAGGGGGCGAGGAACCCAUACCAAGUUCCAAGACGCUGGUCUUUCUCAACUGACCUUUUCAUUAAUUGUUUGAAUAUUAUUUAUAUGCUAAAUUUGUAAUUACUACCUAUGUGUGAAUUAAACAUGAAUAUACUGUACAGUAAAACAUUGUAUGAAAUCAACAUAUGUUCACUUUAGUUGUUCAAAUACACUUUUUUCUAAAAA